AUAAGCCUAUAUAUUUAACACAUUUAAUUCAAGACAAACAGGAUACUAAGUGUACAGUUAUUACACAUUUGGGAUUCAGUCAUUGGGAGACCAGGAGCGCUACAAGAGAACUGGGGGAAACUAUCAAUACUACUCUUUAACACAGCCUUCUCAAGCCUUUGCGAUGAUAUACUGUAUUCAAAACAGUCACUCGUGGGCACGAGUGGGCGGGGUUUAGUAGGGCGUUGUGGGGCCCGCUCUCGGCUGAUGAAAGCACAGGUGGGGUUUGAGAAAAGUUUGGAUAGAGAAAAGUUUGGGUUUUAUUUUAGUCUGUGCUGUAACACGACUUCUGAUCAGCAUGCUUGCUCUCAGGAACACCGUUCUGCACAGCCUUAAAGCUGUCAAGUCUGACCAGGCACGGAGUUUCAGGCUGGGGAGGACAUCUUUAGGAUGUGUGAACCUGAAGGGACGCAGUUUCCUCACGCUGAAAGACUUCAACCCUGAUGAGAUCAAGCACAUCCUGUGGGUGUCUUCUGACCUAAAGCAUCGGAUCAAGCAUGAAGGACAGUAUCUUCCUCUCCUUCAAGGCAAAUCUAUUGCCAUGAUAUUCGAGAGGAGAAGCACUAGGACCCGCAUGUCCACUGAAACAGGGUUCGCUCUGUUGGGAGGUCAUCCAUGUUUCCUUGCCUCUCAGGAUAUUCACCUGGGUGUAAAUGAGAGCACAAAAGACACAGCAAGAGUGCUCUCGAACUUGACUGAUAUUGUGUUAGCCCGGGUGUACAGUCACUCCACUUUGGAGCAGCUGGAUAAGGAAGCUUCUAUACCAAUUAUCAACGGCCUCUCUGAUCUUUACCAUCCUAUACAGAUACUAGCUGAUCUGCUCACACUGCAGGAGCAUUACGGUUCUUUGAAGGGCCUGACAGUGUCUUGGAUAGGUGAUGGUACCAAUGUCCUCCACUCCUUCAUGAUGUCAGCGGCCAAAUUGGGAAUAAAUCUGAGAAUAGCUAGGCCAAAGGGUUAUGAACCAGAUGCUAAUGUCACUCAGGAGGCGCUGCGUCUCUCUAAACAGUUUGGGACAGAGCUGCACUUGUUUUCAGAGCCACUGGAGGCAGCUCAGGGCAGCAAUGUGCUGGUGACAGACGCGUGGAUUGGCAUGGGCCAGGAAGAUGAAAACAUGAAGAGGCUGAAGGACUUCCAUGGCUACAAGAUCACCAUGAAGACAGGAAGUGUAGCAGCACAAGACUGGACUUUCUUGCACUGUCUCCCACGAAAGUCAGAAGUGGACGACGAGGUUUUCUACUCGCCACGCUCACUGGUGUUUCCUGAGGCUGAAAACCGCAAAUGGACCAUUAUGGGGUUGACUGCGUGUAUCCUGACCGACUACAGUCCUCAGAUCCCCAAACUGAAACUGUAGUGUUUCAGUACUGAACUUCAGUCCUUAAAUAGUUCAGGAUCUCUUCAUCUUUGUUCGUUAAUUCAUCUCCAGUAAUCACUUUAUUUAAAAAAGCUAAAAAAAAAUUAAAAUAAUUAAAAAUAAAAAGAUUUAAUCUUUUAAAUUUUUUAAAAGAUUAAAAAAAAAUUUGUAUGGAUUUUGUUACGACAGAACAGCUCCAGUGUGUGGCAGAUUAAACCUGGAGAGAUUAUUGGUUAAUUCACUCUCUAGCCUGCAGAGGGCGCAACCAGCAUGUUUUAAUAAUAAUAAUAAUAAUGAUAAUAAUAAUGAUAAUAAUAAUAAUUAUUAUUAUUAUAAAGAAUUGGGCAAAUGAUGCAUUUAAGUCAUUUACUAUUUAUUUAGUGAUAAUUAUUGAUAUUAAUGAUAUUUAUUAUUAAAAAUACACUUGCAGCAGCUCUAUUACUUCCAGCCCUGUUGAUUUUUUUCACUUAAUUUUCUGGAUAAUUGUGUGAUCGCUAGCAAAAAGGCAGUGUUUAGAAAGACCCAUUUGACCUUAGCGUUCUGCAUACGCUCAUAAAGGGAGUUGAUAUGGGUGUCCAGUAUAAGAUUGAGAUCAUCCAUGGUGCUCUGAGGUGCUGCGACAGCAGCCAAAUACAUCAGACAGGGAGGAACAAGGACUUUCUUCUUACUAGCAGUCCCUGCAGCAAGGCUAGUACUCUAGGAACUAGGCAGUGCAGCGGCUCCAGAUGAUGGGGUGCACGCUAUUCAUGGAGCAGUGUCUACCUGAGGACACAAGG